AAUAGUCAGUUAACCUCUGGACGCCGUGGAGGGGAGCCGCAUGUGUGACCUCGAUACAAUUGACCUCUAGUGCGGUAUUAUGGUGGAUAUCUUGAAGGUCACUCAUCAUAAUCAUCAUCAGCUUGGCAAAAUGGCCCCGCAGUCGAGUCCGCUCCUGGCCUCUAACCCCGCUGUGUAUCACAAUAUUGAAAAGGCUAUAACAUCGGUUACUACUACUUCUGCUACUGCUCCUACUGCGCCUGCUACUGCGGCGCCUACUACUCCUGCUACUACUUGUAAACAUUGUGUGAAGUACCAGAGCUCCGGUAACAACAACAGCAACAAUAACAACAACAACAGUGGCAAUGCGAAUAACCGGAUUUUUGCUAACGAGAAUGGGGGAGGAGGGAGUAGGGGACCCCCUCUCCCCCCUCCUAACCCCCCUCCCCCUCGCCCCCCUCCGGUCCCUGUCCUACCUUUAAAUGCGAGAGGCGGCAGAGCGCUCGACGAGACUUAUAGAGUUGGAAACGUGCUUGGAAAAGGUGGAUUUGGAACCGUAUAUUCGGGCUGGCGGGUACGGGACGGGCUCUCUGUGGCCAUCAAGCAGGUGUCCAAGGCCAAGAUCACCGCGUGGGAAAUGGUUGGCGGUCGCCGCGUACCCCGGGAGGUCGCGUUGUUGCUUCGCGUGACGGGAGUGAACCACGUUGUCAAGCUUCUGGACUGGUUGGAGCGAGAGGACUCCUUUCUACUGGUGUUUGAGAGGCCCAGCCCUUGCAAGGAUCUGUUUGACUACAUCACGGAGAGGAAGAUUAUACCAGAGACGGAGGCCAGGGCGCUGUUUCGGCAGGUGGUGGACAUCGUGCGGGACUGCCACGGGGCGGGAGUCAUCCACAGGGACAUUAAAGACGAAAAUCUCUUAGUGACCUACGACUCCAAGGGGCGGACCACUCUCAAACUCAUCGACUUUGGGUCCGGCGCUUUGCUAUCCGACAAAAGCUAUACGGAUUUCGACGGGACCAGAGUAUAUUCGCCCCCGGAAUGGAUACGCCACAACCAAUACGAGGGGGUACCGGCAACUGUGUGGUCCCUUGGGAUUCUGCUCUAUGAUAUGGUCUGCGGGGAUAUCCCAUUCGAGCAUGACGAGCAGAUCGUAGCGGGGCGCAUCGCAUUCCGCCAAGAACUCGGGGAGGAGGUUCAACAUUUGGUCCGAUGGUGUUUGCGUAUGAGGCCAUCGGAGCGUCCUAACUUGGAGUCCAUCUUGCAGCAUCCGUGGCUCUCGUGCGGGGCGACCUCCUGUGCGGCAUCUUCCUCCUCCUCUUCCGCAUCUUCCACCGCAUCUUCCACCUCCUCCUCGUCCUCCUCCUCCUCCGCCUCCUCGCUCGAUUCCAGGAGUGAAAAAUGUGUUAGUAUUUGUGGGUCCAGCCCUUCGCUUUGA